UUAGAAAAGAAACUCCUUACAUAAAACAGUAUAAGCUGAAAACAAAAGAAGGAUCAAGUAGUUUCUUGAAAGAGAUGGAGGUACUGAAGUGGUGGGGGGAGUAAUAUUAAUUGUUGACCUAGGUUGAUUUUGUUGACUUUUAAUAAUCAAUUUGUUAUAGUUUCUUUUUGGAAAGUUUACCCGGAAAAAAAAAUUAAAUCCCUUCAAAUGAGAUCUAAAUAGGAUCAGUACAUUUCACUAUGAAACGCGAAACGCGUGCAUUUCGUUUGAACCCUUUUUAAACAGCCGUUGGUUCAUGGUUGUAAAAAUCAUCAAACAGCCGUCGUGCGUGCAUUGUUAUGAUGAUGUAACUUGAGACGGGAAUGAGGUAGAAAAUGUGUGAUGUCUGGGCCCGACUUGACUUGUUUCAAAAAUAACUUUAUGAAACAUCGUAAAGUUAUUGUUAGAAACAACAGGGAAGCUUUAAGAACAUUAAUUGAGCUUCUAUUGACUGCGAAGAAGCUCCACACAUCACCAUAAUGUUGGUUUUGUUGGGAGGAGGGAGUGGCUUUAUAGGAACAGCCGUUAAGAGGUUACUUACCCAGAGGGGGCACAGUGUCUUACUCGUUUCUCGCACACCAGGGAAGGAUAAAAUCUCAUGGGAUCGUUUGAAGUCCAAAGGGUUACCAGCUUGUGAUGCAGUAGUCAGUUUGUCAGGGGAGAACAUCCUUAACCCUUUAAAAAGAUGGACUGAAGAGUUUCAGAAAGAGGUGACAGAUAGUCGUGUGAAGACGACUGCAACACUAGUCAAGGCCAUCGCCGAGGCUAACAAACCUCCCACGGUCUUUGUGUCCUCAUCUGCUGUAGGUUACUACGCCCCAAGCCUGACAGAUGAAUACACAGAGGACAGCCAUGGGGGACACGCCAAUGAACUGGCUAGAUUAUGUGCUGCUUGGGAGGAGAGCUCCAUUCUGCCUGAGACUCACGAUCAUGUCAGACAUGUUACUGUUAGGAUAGGUUUGGUUCUCGGACGUGGAGGUGGUGCUAUUGAGCAGAUGAUCUGGCCGUUCAGACUCGGCGUUGGUGGCGUCCUCGGUUCAGGCAAUCAGUACUUCCCAUGGAUUCACAUCGAUGACAUCGCUGGUAUAUUCGUCCAUGCUAUCGAGAAUCCCAACACCCCUGCAAUCCUUAAUGGGGUAGCUCCUUCACCCAUAACAAACAGGGAGUUCACUAAGGCUUUUGCUUCGGCGCUCUGGAGACCUGCAAUUAUCCCAGCUCCGGGUUUUGCCAUCAAGACAGUGUUUGGUUCAGAGAGAGCAGUGAUGCUCCUGGAAGGACAGAAAGUUAUUCCUAAAAGGACAAUUGAGAGUGGAUAUGAAUUUAAAUUCCCAGAUAUUGAAGGAGCGGUGAAGAACAUUGUGGCGUGCUGAUUAGAUUGUCUUUUCUCUCAGCUAACUUACCUCCAAAGAUCAUGCUAGCCAGUAGUUAGACUGCAGGACUUGCAAUCACAAGGUUGUGGGUUUGAAUCCUGCUAAGCCGAUCUCUGAAUCACAAUUUCGUAAUGGUUUUAACAGUGGUCUAGUGGUUAGACUGCAGGACUUGCAAUCAAAAAGUUGUGAGUUCGAAUCCUACCAAGCUAGUUGUUUAUUUUAUAAUGACUAGAAUAAGUAUUGCCAUCUUGUUACUGAAUCACAAUUUCCUGAUUUGUUUAAUUCAUAAUUGUGGACAUUUAAACAAUGUGUGUAUAAGAGAGAUUGACAGCUAGGUUUGUAUGUCUCCUUGUGGGAGUUAAAAGAGUAUUUUAUAUUUUGAAUAAAGUUUUGUACUUUGGAAACUCACUGGUUAGUAGUUACUUUGGUUUUCACAAUUAAAUUAAUCAUGAUGUGAAAAAUCACAGGCAUUCUAGUCGGGUGGAAUUCAAAACCAUGACCUUUGAGCAGAUGUCUUACAGCAGAUAUCUUGCCAAUUAUUCACAGUCAUAUCAUUAUCUAUGCAUAUUCAUAUCUAUGCAAUUAAUAUCAGCAACAAGGAGUUUCUUCUUCUUGUUUAUGGGAGAGCAAUACUUUGACCGUUCAGAUUUAUUUUAUUUAUUUGAAUGGAGUAAUAAGACUGGUACGCCCUAUUGUUAAAGGAACACGUUGCCUUGGAUCGGUCGAGCUGGUCUUUGAAAAUCGUUCUGUAACCGUUUGUUGUAAAAU